AUGAGUGUUGGCAAUGUGUCUGCUACACUCAGUGGUGUUCCUGUGCUUAGCGGCACAAACUUUAAGACUUGGAAAAACAAGGUGACACUUGUUUUGGGAUGUAUGGAUCUAGACCAUGCAUUAAGAGAACCACGUCCUGCACCUCUUACAGAUCAAAGCUCUCUUGAGGAUAGGAGAGUUUUUGAGAGGUGGGAGAGGUCUAAUCGCAUUGGUUUGAUGAUCAUAAAGAAUACAAUCCCGGAGACUUUUCUGGACACUAUGUCUGAGGAAAAUGAUGUUAAGCACUUUCUUGACACCCUUGAGGAACGCUUCGUAAGAAGUGAUAAGGCGGAGAUGAGUGCUGUCCUAAGGAAACUUGUCUCUAUGCGGUAUAAGGGUGAUGGGAACAUACGUGAGUACGUUCUCGACAUGUUUCAUCUAGCUGGGAAAUUGAAAGGCUUAAAAAUUGAAUUGCCAGAAGAUGUUCUGGUGCAUUUGGUUUUGAUUUCCCUCCCUCCUCGAUUUAGUCAGUUUGAAGUGAGCUAUAACUGUCCAAAGGAUAAGUGGACAUUGAAUGAGCUCAUCUCACAUUUGGCCCUCAAAAGAAGAGGAAAUACGAUAAGUGUAUGGCACCAAAAUCGUGUAAGAAGACCAAAGGCCCUGAAAAAGAGCAUAAAGAGUUGA